AUGUCUGAACCACCACCCGUCGUUCCAAAGGCUGACAACGCCGAAGACACUUCCAUAUAUGCAGAAGAUGACAAAACGCAGCCAACCGAAGAGAUACUGAACGCACUCCGACAGCUCGACUCAUCUCUUGCGACACCGUCUGUGCAGAACAGUGGCGGAGACGUGGGGCAAGAGCCCAAGGAGGAACCGAAGCAGGAACCGACCCCGCCGCCUCAGUCAGAGUGGGAUGCAUUGCGUGCACACCUGCGCGAGAAGCGCUACGAUGCUGAUGGGUGGCAGAACCUUGUCAACAUUGCCGAAGAUUCGGGCGACAUCGAGAAAAUAAAAGACACUUACGAAGGACUCCUGGAGGCGUAUCCCAAUACCUCCUCUGCGCAGAUCGCGUACUUGGACCAUUUCCUGGAUAAUCCGAACCAGGACCCAGACACGGCUGCCUCCUCCGUAGCACUGUUCAAGAGAUUUCUGAGAACGUCCCCGUCUGUGGAGUUGUGGAAGUUUUAUCUUUCGUACAUCAGGAGACACAAUGUUGGCCCCGAUGCGUAUGAUACCAUUCGCAACUCAUACGAGUUUGCGCUCAACCGCGUCGGCCAAGACAAGGAUAGUACGGAAAUUUGGCAAGACUACAUUCAUUUUCUAAAGUCUGGCCAGACUACCACAACAUGGGAGGAACAGCAAAAAAUGGAUGCAGUCCGCAAGGCGUACCACCGUGCAGUUCAAAUCCCCAUGGAGAACGUGAAGAAGCUGUGGGAAGACUACCAAGAUUUCGAAAACGGACUGAACAAAAUCACGGCGAAGAAGUUUCUGUCUGAUCUACAGGAGGGCCAUAUGCAAGCUCGGACAGUCUUGAAUCAGCUACAAGAGCAUCUUACAGUGCUGUUUCCCCCGCCACCACCUUCGAGGACUGCUCGUCCACCAAUUUGGCUGCCUCGUCAACCGACGUUCAAUGCUGGAGACAAAGCUCUGGUCGGUCGGUGGAGAGCGUAUUUGAAGUGGGAAGAAAGCAAUCCACUUGAGAUUGAGGAAAGGGAAAGAGCGACCCUCCUCACACGUCUCCAAGGUGUGUAUCGGAAGGCUGUCAUCCGCAUGCGGUUCUUUUCCGAGAUAUGGUACAUGGCGUACGCAUGGACGAAUAGCAUUGGUAAGACUGACGAGGCCUUAGCACUGCUCAAGGCCGGCAUUGAAGCCAAUCCUUCAAGUUUCGUGCUCAAUUUUGCCUAUGCUGAAGCCCUAGAGACCCACGAAAAGUUUGCAGAAGUCCAUGCGACAUUUGACAAGUUCUUGGAAGUUCUACGUGGCGACCUGGAAGUCAUCGAGAGCAGAGUGUCGUCAGCGAAUUCGUCCUUCUCUUCGAACAUCUCUUGUUCGGCGACGCAGACCGAUUUUGGUCAAACGCAGACCGCCCUGUUACCGAGUGGUAUCCAGUCACAGAAUUCUUCCUUCAACACUCAGGUCUCGGAUGAGAAGCCGCCCAAGUCAAAGGAGCUCGCAGACCGUCGAACUGAGUACGGAAUUGCAUGGAUCGUGUACAUGCGUUUUGCUCGACGAGCGGAAGGCUUAAAGUCUUCUCGGGCUGUCUUCUUGAAGGCCCGUAGGGAUCGCUGGACGCCAUGGGAGGUCUACGAGGCCGCAGCCUUGAUGGAAUAUCAUUGUACGAAAGCAUUGGAUGUUGCAAGCCGCAUCUUUGAGAUAGGCCUGAAGAUUUUCUGUGAUGAGGUCGAGUUUGUGCUGCGCUAUCUUGGUUUCCUCAUUUCCGUGAACGACGAGAACAAUGCACGGGCACUAUUUGAGCGCGUUAUCACGACGUUCCCUCCCGAACGUGCACGUCCUCUAUGGGAUCGCUGGGCGCGCUACGAGUAUCAAUUCGGCGAUUUAUCGGCAGCACAGAAACUUGAGAAGAGGAUAUCGGAGGCAUAUCCUACUGAUCCGCCCAUCAAACGUUUUGCUGAGCGUCAUAAGUACCUGGGUACUGAUGCCAUCGCUGUCCGUGACCUUGGUUUUGUCAUUACUCGCCCGGCCAGUCAGGCAGCAAGUCGAAACGGAGGGAGCUCCUUAGGCCGCACUGACACGCAGCUCUCCAUUUUGUCUUCUCAGUCUAUUAGUCAAACGCAGCCGCCCGCGGCCAGCGGUUCAAAAAGGGCAUCAUCUCCCGAACAUAAGAGACGAGAAGCCGAUUAUGGUCCCCCGCCGAAACGCGCGAGACCGAGUUCUCCUUCUCGGGAGAGGGAGCGCGAUAGAUGGGAGGGGCCGCCUCGCCGACGCCAUGGAAGCCCUCCUUGGGAACGGGAUCGUGACAGGGAUGGUCCGCCUGGGCGGCGUGUUAAGGAAGAGAAGGAGGAGGACAAACCCGUCGUUCUUCCCCCUGUGUUGUCGUGGUUUGUGGGUGUGCUACCUGCUCCUUCUGCAUUCGAUGGUCCUGUUUUCCGCACGGAUGACCUAAUGCAGGUGUUCAGGAAUGCUGUGAUUCCGUCGAGCACCUCAAGGGCACGUUCUUCGCCUCCUCCCCCUCGUGCAGGUGGGCGACCGCCUCCAGACUAUGGACCGUACCAAGGUCCUGGAGGGCGUCGUGGACGAUACUAG